AUGAACAAGAUGAAAAAGAAUGAUUGGAAGCAUACAGGGUUUGGAGCUCUGUCGGUCAUACAGGGAUACCACAGAAGGAUGUCAAGGAAGAUCCAAAACAUCUUUUUCAUGGCCUUGGCGCUUCUUUCCUUUAUUUUCCUCUAUAAAAAAUAUUUUUUUGUUUGUAGAGCCAAGGAGGAUCAGAGAAUGGAGAGGAUGUGCUUAGAUUUCAUAAACAAGAGGGUUGAUAAAUGCCUACAGCACAAGUCAAGGUAUGAGCAGAACAAGGAGUUUGCAGCAAUCAAGACACAUCUCCCGCUCAUCCCGUUGAAGAUGACUCGAUCGAAUGCGGUUUUUCUGUAUACAUAUAGGAAGCCUUAUGUUGUGAUAAAGAGGUGUAUUGCGCCGGGCACACCGGGGCUUGCGGAGGACGAGAUUCUUAUGUCUCUUGACCACAAGAAUGUUGUGAAGUUUCUCAAAUCGUUUAGGGAGAAGUAUAUGAACCUGAGGGAAGAGGAAGAAACGAUUAUUUGGAUAUUUAUGGAGCACAUGGAUAGCAAGGUGUCCCAGGAUGUUGUGAAGGGAAAUGAAAACAAGAUAAGGGAGAUAGCUAAGGGAAUAUUGCACGGGCUCAAGUAUCUUCAUGGAAUGGGGAUAGCGCAUCUUGAUUUAAAGAUUUCAAAUGUCAUGGGGAAGGAAACGAAGGACGGGAUUGUAUAUAAGAUCAUUGACUUUGGGUUCGCCAGGAAGCUUGAACAUGUAAAUGACAAUGCUGAGAUCCAGAUUCCCUCGAAAAGCUUUGGGACAUAUCCAUACAAGCCUCCUGAGACGUCCCAGCUGAAUAUGCAUGGGGUAAAGGGAGACAUAUGGUGUCUUGGUGCCAUAGUAUGGUUCCUGUCUCGAAGGCAAACGCCGUUCUACUUUGACGACGGGCGGAAGAACCUAGAGGAAUGGAGGAUGUUCAUAAGAGGAAGAUUAUCCAUUUCCUUCAAACCCAAUGCGUCACCAGCGCUGAGGGAUUUUGUGAAGAAAUGCAUGAACUUCGAUAGAUUUGCAAGGCCCAAUGCCUCUGAUCUCCUUGAGCAUCCUUUCAUUACUGGAGUACCAAUGAAAGUGACUUCUGAAGACUUAAAUGAGAUGAGCGAAGAGUUUUCAUCUACUUCUGAAUACAGUAGCAUGGAAUCUGAAGAUUAA